AUGGCUGAUCCGGAAUAUUAUCGCCCCGGAUCCAUUGACCUAAUACUUGGAGCCGAUGUUUACGGAAGAAUCCUUUUGGAUGGAGUUGUCAAGGGAUCAGAGGACUCUCCUAUUGCACAACGAACACAUUUAGGGUGGAUUGUCUCUGGACUGGCCGAAGAGGGGACCAGUUCACCCAUGGUACAUGGAUAUCACGUCGCUAAUGAUGUAGAUCUUUACAAUCUUAUACGUCAAUUCUGGACCUUGGAGGAGAUACCUUUGAGUAUGAAAUCUCACCUCUCAUUAGAGGAACAAGAAUGUGAGAAACAUUUCUUAACCACACAUUCGAGAGAUCAAAGAGGCCGUUACAUAGUUAAACUUCCUUUCAAGAAAUCCGUAAGUCUAUUGGGAGACUCUUAUACAAAGGCAGCAAAAGUACUUUCCAAAUUAUUGGACCGUUUAAAUCAGAACGAGAGUUAUUCUCAAGAAUACUCGAAUUUCAUUUCUGAAUAUGAAGGGUUACGACAUAUGCAAAUUGUUGACGAAAGUCUAGCAUCACCCCCUCAUAGCUAUUACCUUCCACAUCAUGGCGUCUGGAAGGAGCAAAGUCUCACGACAAAAUUGAGAGUCGUGUUUAACGGAUCCAGUCCCACCACCACAGGAUAUUCCUUGAACGAUAUCCUUCAUACGGGAUCUAAGUUGCAAAACGAUCUUUUUGACGUGCUAAUUUGGUUCCGGUUGUUUCGUUACGUUUUCACUACCGACGUGGAGAAAAUGUUCAGGCAAAUAAAGGUUCAUUCAGACCAUUGGGCCUUUCAGCGAAUAUUGUGGAGGGAUGCUGUAAAGGGUUUCCGCACCUAUGAAUUAACAACGGUGACCUAUGGACUUGCUUGUGCUCCUUACCUUUCUUUAAGAGUAUUCCUUCAACUUUUGCAGGACGAAGGAUCGAAAUACCCAUUAGCGGUACCUGUGUUGAAGAGAGGAAGAUAUGUGGAUGAUAUUUUUGGUGGAGCAGACUCGAUCGAUCAGGCAAAAGAAGUCGCUCAGCAAUUGACUGGGAUUUGCAUGGCGGGCGGCUUUAAAUUACGGAAGUGGAUAAGCAACCAUUCGUCGGUGUUGGAUUCUAUUCCAGAGGAUAGUCGCAUAGAGGCCACCACGAUCAAUAUUAGCGGGGAUCUUUCUGUUAACACGCUCGGGCUGUGCUGGCAACCAGCUACAGACGCAUUUCAAUUCUCCUUGAAUAUACCUGUGUCUACAUCAUUUACGAAGAGAACAUUAUUAUCGAAUAUUGCGAAGCUGUACGAUCCGCUCGGUUUCCUAUCACCCGUCAUCAUUACCGCCAAGAUUAUUAUUCAGGAACUAUGGAUACUAAAGAUGGAUUGGGAUGAUCCUUUGCCUGAUUCAGUGACAAGACGAUGGCUGCAAUUUACUGAAAGUCUGCAGGAUUUACCUCGGCUUACAUUCCCUCGUUGGGUGAAUUACACUUCGAGCUACUCGAUUGAAAUUCAUGGCUUCUGUGAUGCAUCUAAUCAGGCAUUGGCUGCCGCGGUGUACAUCAGAGUGGUUACUACUCAAGGGGCUAUUCGAACCACGCUUUUAGCAUCGAAAACUAAGGUAGCUCCGUUGAAAAAGCUAACCAUUCCUCGGUUAGAGUUGUCUGGAGCCUGUCUAUUAACUAGACUAGUGUCACAUAUACUUAAUGUUUUCACGUUUCCAAACAUACCUAUAUUCCUGUGGACGGAUUCAUCCAUCACUUAUACCUGGAUAAGUAAUCAUCCUUCUAGAUGGAAGGAUUUUGUGCAAAAUCGGGUGAGCUUUAUUCAAGAUACUCUUCCUCAAGCCAAGUGGAGGUUUGUACCGGGGACAGAAAAUCCUGCUGACUUAGCGACCAGAGGGUUAACCCCUUCUCAACUGGCAGAGCUGCCCAUAUGGUGGACAGGUCCACUUUGGUUGUUGCAAGCAUCGGAAGAGUGGCCCGUCAUGGCGUCAUCAAGCAAGCAACCCGAGAUUCCUGAAGAACGACCUGCAAGGUCCAACACAGUAAGGAGGCGCUCAGAACUAUGGGAUCUACUAUGUAAAUUUUCCAACCUAACCAAGCUUUUUCGUGUCACGGCUUUAUGCCAGAGAGCCGUUGCUCGCUUCAAAAGGAACACGAAUCUAAGUACAUCACGCACCGCUACUACUAAGGAGGUAGAAGCAUCCAAAUUCUUUUGGAUCCAGACGAUCCAGCGAUUCUACUUCCAUUCAGAGAUUGAUACACUCUCUAGAGGAGAAUUUUUAUCAAAGAACAGUGUAUUGUUGCGGCUUAAUCCAUUCCUGGACGGUCGCGGUCUUCUGCGAGUAGGAGGGCGCUUACAACGCUCUCUCCUUACAUUCUCCGAACAACACCCGUUGAUUAUUCCACGAGAAUCACCGUUGACCGAUUUAAUAGUAGCAGACGCUCACACUAAGACAUUACAUGGUGGUACACAACUCACCUUAGCCUAUAUAAGAACACAUUACUGGAUAAUUGGAGGCAGAGUCCCAGUGAAGGCCUUCAUCUUAAAGUGUGUCACAUGCGCACGAUUCCGACAGGAAAGAGCUCAACAACUGAUGGGACAGCUUCCGAAAGAAAGAGUGACUCCUGCUCGACCCUUCACACACACCGGAAUUGACUACGCCGGCCCCUUUACGGUAAAGACAUGGAAGGGAAAAAACGCACGAACGUAUAAAGCAUACAUUGCUCUCUUUGUAUGCUAUUCUUCAUCUGCCGUCCACCUAGAACUAGUGACGGAUUAUACUGCUGACACCUUCAUCGCAGCUUACAAGAGAUUUACUGCACGGCGAGGGAUAUGUACGACGUUAUCGAGCGAUUGUGGUACCACUCUCAAAGGUGCUGAUACCGAAUUGCGGCGAUUAUUCACUCAGUCCACAAAAGAAUCAGAAAAACUAGCCAUACUAUUGGCAAAUGACGGAACUGAGUGGAAGUUCAACCCACCGGCCGCUCCACACUUUGGAGGUAAAUGGGAGGCAGGCGUCAAGUCUGUGAAAUACCAUCUGAAUAGAGUAGUGGGAACCACAUUACUUACGUACGAAGAGUUCACUACCCUCUUAACCCAGAUAGAGGCAGCACUCAACUCGAGGCCGCUGUCACCUCUUAGUGAAGAUCCUGAAGAUCUUAAUCCACUAACACCAGGACACCUGUUGAUGGGAUGUGCACCUACAGUCAUUCCUGAGCCCUCUACUGAGACAAUUAAGACCUCCCACCUUUCAAGAUGGCAAUUAAUCCGUCAGAUGUUGGAGAGCUUCUGGACAAGAUGGUCUAAAGAGUGUCUGCAAAGAUACUAUGCGAGGUACAAGUGGAAUAAACCAACUCCAUCUCUGAGGGAAGGCACUCUAGUAUUAGUGGUUGACGAACGGUACCCUCCAGCAAAAUGGCCUCUCGGGCGAAUCAUACAAGUUCAUCCUGGUAAGGAUGGUUUAGUACGAGUCGUAACAGUACGUACUCAAACUUCAGUAUUGAAACGACCUAUUACAAAAAUCUGUCCACUCCCUGUUAUCCAUGAAACUCUCUAA